AUGUCCCAGACACUAGACGAAGGCUGCACGAUCAGUGACGACUGCAGCACGAUCACGUGCAAGAUGAAUUUUGUUGAGAAGCCAAUCACAUUCAAACUCAAGGUAUCAAUUGUCAUUUUCAGUAAAUACCCGCCCAAUAUGGUUAAGGUACGGAAAAACGAGCAACAAAAAACGCGCAACUUGUCUUGCAACAUUGCUGCAAAACAAGUUGUACGCUUUUUGUUGCCCGUUUUUCCGUACUUUUAAGGAUGUAACAGGUUUAAGCCUCAUGUUCCGAGGGAGGUUUAUUUCUUUUGUUCUACUGAUUAACACCAGCUGCAGUCGCUGAACAUACCGUGCGUAGACAGCGCCUCUGGAAACUAAGGCAACCGUACAAGUGGUUCAGUUCUUGUCUUCCUUGGGUUCUGAAGCCUGCAUUCCAUCUGUUUUCACUUCAGAGUUACGAUCGGGGCAAGACAAAGCCUGCGCAUUAAAGAGUAUUAUGAUGUUUUUCGGGAUUCGUCAAUUUCGUAUUGUCCAUAACUAUUUAACUUUGUUUGUCUCCGCUCAAAAUUUUGCAUAACUCAGUAUUGUUUCCAAUUUUUACUGGGUAUAAUUAAUUACAUUCUUCCCAAGAGUGAUUCAAAACAACGCCUUUGUAAAAUUCUAGGGGGCGCGGGCAAACAAAGUAUCAUACGGGCCGGGCAAUUUGAAAAUGGCGAUUGACUUAAGUAAAGUCAAGUAAGUCAAGUUGAAUGUCAAUCGGGUUCAACUCCGCAAUGAUAACCGACAAAACCCGUGGGUUAUUACUAAUAUUGUAAGGCCCACGUGACAUGGGGAAGAGCCUAAUGCUAAUAGUAAGCCAAAACGAUAGAUUUUGCUCAUUAGCAUCAGGUUCGAGUUUUUCUUGGGCCUAGUAAGAACAUUAAGAAAGAACAGUUAAAAGAACUUAGUUUUAUGAAUAGUAAAUGAAUCAUAAUUGUUGUCAAAGGUAUAUUUGCUGUCUCAGUUGUCAGUGACCUUUUAGGGUUAAUAAGCUGCCAUAUAAAGGAUAAAACUCAUAUCCAGUAUAAACAAAUGUACUAUCAUUCACUACUAAGAAAAACUGGCAUUUAAUCAUUACCAACCAGAUUAACAAAUGUGAUGAACCCGUCACUGUAACGGCCUCUAUGAAUGUCCCGGAUUUGCGUGUCACGUGGUCUCACACUUACACCAGUGACGACAUCAUUGAAGUGCCAGGAUUUACUNAAACGAUAGAUUUUGCUCAUUAGCAUCAGGUUCGAGUUUUUCUUGGGCCUAGUAAGAACAUUAAGAAAGAACAGUUAAAAGAACUUAGUUUUAUGAAUAGUAAAUGAAUCAUAAUUGUUGUCAAAGGUAUAUUUGCUGUCUCAGUUGUCAGUGACCUUUUAGGGUUAAUAAGCUGCCAUAUAAAGGAUAAAACUCAUAUCCAGUAUAAACAAAUGUACUAUCAUUCACUACUAAGAAAAACUGGCAUUUAAUCAUUACCAACCAGAUUAACAAAUGUGAUGAACCCGUCACUGUAACGGCCUCUAUGAAUGUCCCGGAUUUGCGUGUCACGUGGUCUCACACUUACACCAGUGACGACAUCAUUGAAGUGCCAGGAUUUACUGUAUCUUUGCCUUCUAUUUUCUCCGCUGGAGUGUACGUUCAAGUUCAACUCAAAGACAACGGGGACAGACUGCAUCUUAAGGCAAGUACUUUACGUAAAGCGACUUGCAAUGUAGUGUGACCUCAAUUUUAAAAAGGACAUUAUGUGACGUCAAACACCAAACGGACCAUUGUAAUGGAGGUUAAAGUGCCGGACAUACUUUAAAGGAGUGAAUUAAGCUACUGUAUACAAUUAAAAGCUUUUAAAAUUUUCAUAUUGUUGGUGCGGUGCUUAUUUAGAUGCGGCGCUCUUUUGAGAUUCGAAUACUGUCACGUAUUUCCAUCUCAUUUGACCACGUGCUUUCCAUCAAAACAGAGGUAAAAACAAUACUUCACUGCCUCCAACGGUCAAGAUAGGGAAACCUUAGAAACUCGUUUAAACAUGCAGCCAAAGUUGUAAUUUUUUAACAACAGUGAAGAAAGUGAAGGAAUAUAUUUAAGAAUUUCAACAGCUGGAUUAUAAACUUUGGCCAUAAACAAUUUUAUGAUCAAUAGACUGAAAAUAGUCUAGAACAACCCAGCAUUCAAUGCUAAUUCAAGUUCAUUACUGACUUUUAAUUUCAUGUGCAACAGAAUUUAAAACUAAAGUGAAAAUUUGAGCGCUUAGUGACACUAACGCAUGCGGCCCCCAACAUCAAUCGUUUAAACAAGUAAAAGCCAGAGUUCUCUGGAGAGGGAGAUUCUGCCAGCGGGAAAAGGAAAAUCAAUAAGUUCGAAAUAAUUCUGUCCUUUAAUAGGUGAAGCUACUGGCCGGUGGAAAAGUGUUGGGCAAAGGUGUUUAUCCUGUGAAAGUUACUGUGAUGGAGGGAGACUUACCGAUUUCAACUAACGAUUGUGGUGGGUAUACUGAUCAUAAUUAAAACUAAAAAUGUGUGUAACGCAUUCUAGAACUCGCCUUCGCGAGGAAUAAUUUUUACGCUAACAGACUGAACACAGUAAUUCUGUAUUAAAAUUACCUUCAAUUAACUCGCCCGCUCGGCAGGCGUUCGAAGGGGAAAGAGGAUUUUGGGCGCGUGAGAAGUGCGAGAGGCCAACUUUCAGAUGUUCAAGUGGUGGUACGACUUGUCCGGUGCUGCAAAGGCAGCAGUGAUUGGUGAACCUUUUUGACCAUGAACAUUACGACAAUAUGUUGGGACAAAUUUUAAACAGUUCAACCUAUUUUCAAUAAGACGUUACAACGUCUCACAACACUGUUGAGAGGCGGUGUCAAACAGUCAUAGAAUCUUUUGUCAAAUAUAUUAUACAUAAACUAUGAAGCUGAAAGUGGAUACCAUUUCUAUUUGAGCAGUGUCACAUCAUUCCUUAUGUUUCCAGUGUCCUGUCCUUGGAUGAGGGUAGAAAUGGACGUCGAGACUGCUCUGUAAGAAAUGUUGUUUGAGGGCGGGCUUAAUUUGUUUAAACAUGUCUUCAAGUAGUGCUGUAUCUGUGUUCUUUGUUGUAGGGAUGUUCAAGUGGUGGUACGACUUGUCCGAUGCUACAAAGGCAGCAGUAAUUGGUGGACCUUUAUUGGUUAUCUGUAUUCUUGUCAUAUACUGUUGCUGCUGCAGGUCCCGCCCAGCAAAUCAAGGUGCUGUCCUCGUUACACCUGCAGUUGGCCCUACUGCUGUCAUGGCAACAAGCACUAACACCACUGCUCACAUGCGACAGCUUGUUAAUGUUGCUUGA